UCCGGUUGGAGGCUGUGACAUCAGGGCGUAUCCUCGCUCCGGGAAUCAGGAAGUGCGCUCAUGUCGGCGAGAAAUCCCUCCCGCGCGUCAGUCGCGUUUGACCAGAGCUGAUGCUGGUGGACCGAGCACACGUCCAGCGGUCGCGCCCCAGACAGAAAGCAUCACCGGCGCGGUCACCGAGCAGCUGCGCGGGACGGUCCUGCCCAUCCGAUGGCUGACCCAACGCUCGGUUCCUCACCGGGUGAAACCACAGUCAACGGGAAAGGGGAAGCGGCGGCCACCAACCCGGACUACAUCGCCUUCGUCCUGGUGCCGGUUUUCUUCCUCCUGGGCCUGUUGGGCGUGGUGAUCUGCCACGUGCUGAAGAGGAAGGGCUACCGGUGCACCACCGAGUCCCAGGAUGGAGACGAGGAUGUUUUCGAAGAGGAAAAGGACCCCGAGCUGGGUGGAGAGCUGAACGACACCAUGAGCGAAAACAACGACACAGUCGGACAGAUUGUUCACUACAUCAUGAAAAAUCAAGCGAACUCGGAGGCCCUGAAAGCCAUGAUUAAUGAAAACAGCUUUGAUUCUGACGGUCCUCCGCUCACCCCCACCUCCCCCGCCUCUCCCACCUCUCCCACCAGCCCGAUGACGCCCGUAUCGCCGGGGGCGCCCGCGGGGGCCGCCAAGCACACCUGCAACCACCUGCACACCAUCGCCGGCCUCGGCGGCAACAACAAGAACAUCUGCAACCGCUGCAGCCAGAAGAAGUGGCCGCUGAUGCGGCGGCCGUCGGCGCGCAAGUCAGAGCAGCGGCGCAGCGGAGAGGUCACAGUCCUCGCCGUGGGCAGGUUCCGCGUGACAAAGUGUGAAAGAUCCACCAGGGAGCGGCGGACUCUGUUAAUCGCGGACUCCAACGGGAGCGUCCCCGCGUCCCCCACGGAGGUGGAGCCCAAGAGCCCAACGACGUCCGAGUCCCAGCAGGUACAAGCAGACAGCUCGGACAAGGAGAACAGAUAAAGAGAGAAAACAAAUCCAGCUUCCCAAAGGAGACGAGAGACGCGACAUCUGGACACUUAAAAGAAAUCAAAAUCAAUAACCCAAACGAGAACCGUUCGAACGUCAGCGCGGGAGGGACGGGGGAGCGGCGGAGUCGAUCCGAGAAUCGUCGCCCGCAGCAGCCUCGCUCCGCGCGGAGUGAACAGGUGCUGCCGACCAAGGCGGCGGCGGCGGCGGCGGCACAGUAAUAACAAGUGGAAGGGGGGUAAGGUGUGUCUGGGUGUGAUACACCCCCGUUUUCCUCCGAUGAUAAUUGUGCAGCGGUGCCUCGCUCAAGGGGGGCUCUAAGGCAGACCAACUGCUCGACGCCCCGGCGAACUUCGGUCUUAUUACUCCACGUGCCCCUGCGGCGCGUUAUCAAGCAGUUCAUUUUUUCAUGCCUCAGUCACUGGUGCUGCCGGUCUGAGAUAAAAGUCAAACGGAGUCAUUCCCAAACAGGAAGACGGAGACCACCUGACGUGGUGGUCGCCGGGGGCCGGGACGCGCACGGGAGCUUUUGCGCGCACGACGAGAGCCAUGUUGACGGCUUCUUCCCGGUCUUCAGCGGGCUCAAGCAUCCCGCCAGGUCGACGUGUCCAACGGAGUGUCUCCUUUAUCUUCCAAUCUGACCUCGAAUGAAGAAGAACACUCAGUAUUUUUUAAAUUAGAAACGGGCUGCUCACUGAACGUUUUCUGUUAGAGCUGCAAGUGACCAAAGGGUUAUUUUGACGUCAACUGCAAUUAAAGCUGCGUUCGUCUUCCUUUGGGCCACCUGGGGGCCGCGGGCGAGUCAAACAACGCGGACAUUUUAUCGUUUACGCGUUGUGGGAUUUGUUCUCACCGGAUGAAUAUUCGCUCCACUUUUCGCUCCGUUUGGGUCGCUACCGACUCCUGAGAGUCUCUAUGUUCGUCUGCUAGCCGCUAACCUAUUCCGUCUGGUGUCUUGUGCUAAACGGGGGGGGGGGGGGGGGGGGGCGCACAGUUGCUUCAUCAGAAUCCCCCCCCCCCCCCCAGUAAAACGGCCUCCUAUGCUUUGGGCCGUGAGCGUGAAUGAAAAUCGUACGGUUGCCUGCGUAAGUCCCCAAAACACUUUGGCCGUCUUGUAAUUGAGCAAUAACUCUCUGUUGUUUCGUCACAAUGGUUAGUAAUAUUUUUAAAAAAAAGUAUUGUUGCAGCUUUAAUUCGUAAUUUUUUAACACAGACUGGAUUUAUAUGCAUGUGCUCAAAUGUGUCCUAUCACAAAAAAACUAUAAUUUAUAGAGUUCUCACGUUAUGUUGGUCAGUCGCAGGACAUCAAAGACACAUUUGUGGUUAAAGCUGAUUCAUAAACUAUAGAAAUAUUCGCAUUCAACAUCGCUUGAAAGCGUCAACCUGUUCAUUUUACAUCCGUCUCGUCACGUCCUUGUCGGCUUCGCUCUGGUGCACGUAGAAUGAAUCUUCAUCCGUUGAAGCCAAGUGAAGCUACUUGUUUUUUGUAAUU